GACGUAGCGUAUAACUGAACAAAAAAACAAAAGGAAGAAACAAAAAUAUGAAAGAUACUAAUUUCUAUCACUUGAAGCAAAAACUAAUGAAUUAAACAGCUUUGUGAAUAAUAUGAAAAUGUAGAAUAAAAUUUUAAGAUCAAGUUCUUGAUAUGAACUUAAAAAGAUAAUUACAAUUUGAAUGGAAGAUUUCUAUCAUAUCAUAUUUAUAGUAACAGCUUUUAUUCUUAAUUCAAUUAAUCUUGGAAUUAAUUAUCAUUUUGUGAUAUCAGGAGAAGAGUUUAAAUCACAGUCUAUUAGUCCAGUUGAUUAUUGUAAUGAAAUAAACCCAUUUAUUCGUUUAGAAAUUAUUAUAAAUCUAUUAAAUUUAAUUUGUUAUAUUAUUCCAGGUGAUUAUAUAGAAAUUGUAUUAUGUCUUUGUAUUUUCAUAUAUUUUAGUUAUUUAUAUUAUAAAAAGUUUUUGUUUAUAAAACCAAUUAAUGCACAAAGUUAUUUAGAAAGGAAUGAGAAUGUUGGAUAUCAAAAGAUAGUUUAUUAUUUAUUAUUAAUUUUGAUAUUAUUAAUAAGAUUAAUACUCAUUUAUCUUACUAAUUUUGAAAUUAAUAUUUUCUAAAUUCUCUUGUGUUACUUUUUUGUCUUUCAAAGAAAGAAAACCACAAAAUGAAUGAAAAAUAUUACCACUUUGUCGGUUACAUAAAUUCAUCUGAAUAUGGGAAUGAAGACAUUUUUGCAAGUGUUCUUUCUACAUCUACAACAAGAGCUUCAGCUGACUUUGCAUCAUUUCCUAAAUCAAACUCUUCCUCUUCUUCAUAUUCAUUAUCAUCUUCAAUGUCAUCUGACACAUCCAUUAAUUCAAAUUCAAUAUCUUCAAAAUCAUCUAAUUCAUCAUUUAUUUGA